GGAUUCCGCCUCCAUCCCCCCAAAUCACCAAAUCCAAACAACACAAAGAGAGGAGGCUCCAAGAUUUAGGGCGUCGUCUCGACGGUUUGCUUUCGAUCGGAAGACAUGAGAGCGAAAGAAAUGGCCGAAAGCGAUGUGACGGCAGCGGAGCGAAGGGUUUGCGUGACCGGCGGCAACGGCUUCAUCGGCUCAUGGAUCGUGCAUGGCCUCCUCGCUAAGGGGUACACCGUCACCGCUACCUAUCACCCGGCCACCGACCCCUCCCACCUCCGCUCCCUCCCCGGCGGCGACGACAGCCGGCGCCUCAUCGUCCGCCCCGCCGACCUCCUCGAUGCUGAAGCCAUCGCCGCCGCCGUCGCUGGGUGCCGCGCUGGCGUCAUCCACGUGGCCUCGCCCUGCACCCUGGAAACCCCGCGGGACCCGCAGCGGGAUCUGGUCGCCCCGGCUGUGGAGGGGACACUCAACGUGCUGGAGGCGGCGCGGGCGGCGGGGGCGUCGCGGGUGGUGAUAACGUCCUCCAUCUCCUCUAUGGUGCCGAACCCGAGGUGGGCUUUGGACCACCCCGGCAGGCCCGUCGACGAGGAGUGUUGGACCGACCUCGACUACUGCAAGGCUCACCAGAAAUGGUACCCAGUGUCUAAGACAACGGCAGAAAAGGUGGCAUGGGAAUAUGCACAAAAGCAUGGGUUGGAUAUUGUGACCAUUAAUCCAUCUACAUGCCUUGGUCCACUCUUGCAGCCGACUCUCAAUGCUAGCUCUGCUGUGCUCCAACAACUCUUACAAGGGUCAAAAGACAGCCAGGAGUAUCACUGGCUGGGUUGUGUGCAUGUGUGUGAUGUUGCUGAUGCUCAUAUCUUGCUCUUAGAGACACCAAGUGCAUCUGGUCGUCAUCUAUGCACUAAUGGCAUAUAUCAGUUUAAGGACUUUGCUGAAACUGUUGAUAAGCUAUGUCCUGGAUAUAAUGUACACAGGUUUACAGAAGAAACUCAGCCAGGACUUGUAGCACUCAAAGAUGCAGCAAAGAAGCUGCUCGAGCUAGGCCUCGUCUUCAGACCGAUAGAAAAUGCAAUAAAAGACUCUCAAGAGAGCCUGAUAGCAAAGGGCUACCUUGCUCCACCUACCCAAUAAAUCCAAUGCUGUUGAUCUUUUCCAUUAUGGUCAUGGAAUUAACCUUGUUUCAUAAAUUGUUAAUACCAGUGACUAAGAUCUUUGUUCUAAAAAAUAAAUUUGGUGUAGUUCUUAUUUCAACUUGGAAUUCUGUUUU